AUGGCGAGCCUGCUCGAGCGAACGGAGAUCGGCGCGCUUGUGCCAGAAAAGAGGGAGAUUAUAUCGGUGCCCGACACCGCUACUGUUCUGGACGCUCUCGAGCUGAUGAACGCGAGCGGCAUAGUGGCGCUGCCAGUGGCGGCACCGCCGGGGAAGUGGCUGGGGGCGGGCGGGGCGAACAUCGUGGACGGGGAGAAGCAGUACAUUGGAGUGGUGAGCAUGGCGGACGUGGCAAUGCAUCUAGGAGUGGUGAGCAUGGCGGACGUGGCAAUGCAUCUAGUGAGGGAAGGUGCACGCCCAGCAGCACUCAAGGCGGGAGUGGUGAGCCUCAUCGGCAACUCGCCUGAGGGCCUCUCGCUCUGGGUCGCCUCCAGCUCCACCCCUCUAGUUGACGCCAUGGAGCCGCUAAGCAAGGGCAUUCACCGCCUGCUCACUGACGUGGCAGCCUUCCUGCUGCUCCACGUGGACGCCCUGGGUGACGUGGCACAGCGCACAGUGGAGCAGCUAGGCCUCGCGGACCCGCUCUUCCCGCCCCUCGCUAUAGUGUCGGGCAUGACAGUCACUGACGCGCUCAGGCUCAUGCAGCGCGCGGGAGGUGUGCGGGCGGUGGCGGUGGCGGCAGGGAGUGCGGAGGAGGAGGAGCGCAUGGAGGAGGGCGAGGGGUCCGGAGCUUCUUCUGCUGCUGCUGGCGCUGACGUGCGGGACUUUCUGGCCCACAUGGCGUCGCUGUCCCCCGAGGGCCGCCGCCCGUCCAUCACGUGUCGCAUGGCGGCGCCUCUGGCGGAGGUGAUGGCGCUGGCAGUGACCAACCGCGUGCACCGCGUGUGGGUGACCGGGGAGGAGGAUGAGCUGCUAGGAGUGGUUUCUUUGACCGAUGUCAUCUCGGCUUGUAGACGGGCGAGUGGGCAGCGGUAA